AUGGAGGAGCUCCGUAGAAAUUUUGAAGCUGAGAAUGCUCGCAUUGAGCAGGGCCAUAAAAGACAGGUGGACUCUAAUGCCCACCAAACAGAGAUGUUUCAGACAUUACUCCAACGCCUCCCAGCAGCACCGGCUAACAAUCAGAAUGAACCAGAAGUAGUUGCGGCUGAAGUAGUGCACCAGGAUCCACCGGCUGGUGAGGCAAGGGAUGAACCACAGGUUGAGGCACCGAGGGUGGCCCAACAAAAACCCAUCUCUGAAUUGUUUAGUCGCCAGAACCCACCCACCUUUGAAGGUACUACUGACCCAGUGGUGGCAGAAGAAUGGAUCAGCAUACUAGAAAGGAUCUUCGAUUUCAGAACUACUGAGCAUGAAAAUGUGAUUUGUACAAUUUAUAUGUUGAGAAAAGAUGCCCGCAUCUGGUGGGAUGCUGUAAAGAAGGGUCAUAAUGUGGCCGAAAUGGAAUGGCCAGAAUUCCUAGUCUUGUUCAACUCUAAAUAUUACAGCCAUACCAUGAUUGACCAUAAGGUGGUAGAGUUUACGACUCUGAAGCAAGGAAAUUUGAGCGUCAAGGAAUAUACCAGGAAGUUUGAUCACUUAUGCAGAUUCGCACCGGAUUUGGUUAAUACUGAAUCAACCAAAGUAUGGAAGUAUAUGAGAGGACUUCGAGGAGAGAUCGAAAACUUGUGGACACUGGGAAGACAAGCCCGAAAACAUAUGCAGAAGCAGUGGAGCGAGCGCUUCGCCAAGAGUCAUGGUCUGAACUGGAAAGGAAGGAAUCCCAGAAGUUUGAAGAAAGAAAGUUUACCUUUGGCAAUCCGGGUCAGACCUAAGCUAACCGGAAUGGCUCCAAGGGAAUGUUUUUCCCUAGGACCAACCGCAAUAAAGGGAAUUUUGGAACCCGACGAGGCUCAAGGCUGA